AUGGCAAUGACUACAAAGACCAGAGAAUAUUGCAAAUUUGGAGCAGCAUGUAAACGUGCAACUUGUUGGUACUUACAUCCAGAACGUGAAUAUGAGAACAAAAUGUUUUAUUUUUUUUCAAAUGAACCUGAUUAUAACAGUACACAAUGGCCAAUCGAGUCUUAUGAUAAUUCUCAACUUAUUGACCAUGAAAGUCAGCAAGCUUAUUUACAAUCGUUUCCUUGGCAAUAUUCUACGAAUCAAAAUCUUUCUUAUACACAAAGUCAACUUUCUGCUUCUUCUAGUUUUCAUUCAAUAGUACACAACGAUAGCUUUGAUGCGAACAAUGAACAGUCGAAUAAAUUACCCACAUCGAGCAAGCCAUGGGGAAAACCAUUCACGAAUUGUAAACUCUUGGAAUCAAAAUUCAGAUUUGCCAACGAGAAUCGUUAUAAUCGUCACCGAUCAAUUUCGUCAACUCGGUUGCAACAAAUGAAAAACGAAAUUCAAGUUCUAUUUCGCGAUAAUGUAUUCGAAAUAUCCAAACAACAUCAAUCACUUAUUGUCGAACAACAAAGAUUGCUUGAAGAUCUUGACGAUGAUGACGAUAUAAAACUUCAAAAAGAAGAAUAUAUCGAAGAGUUAAAAGAUCAGUUUGAAAUAUUCGACCAAACAAUAUUAAGUCUAUCCAGUAUGAAUCCAAUGACGUUGGAAGAAGCUCAUUAUCUUUUGAACAGAGUGAAACGAGAAAUUGAGCGUCUUAAAGCUCGUUUACCUAUCUAUGCACGAUGUCAACAAUUGAUUGAUAUAAUCAAUUCUAAUCGAGUAAUUAUUCUUAAGGCAGACACAGGAUCGGGUAAAAGUAGUCAAUUAAUUCAAUAUUUGGCCGAUGCCGGAUUUGCAGAUCAUGGUUUGUUUGCUUGA